GGACGGCGGCGGAAGGAGCUGGCCGCUGGGGGGGCGGGGCAAGAUGGCGGCGGUGCUGGAGGUGGAGGUUGGCGGCCCCGUCGAGCGCGAUGUGGAGGAGGUUGACCUCUCGCACUUGUCCCCAGAGGAGAGAUGGAGGGUGGAGCACGCCCGGAUGCACGCCAAGCACCGCGGGCACGAGGCCAUGCACGCCGAGAUGGUCCUCAUCCUCAUCGCCACGCUGGUGGUGGCACAGCUCCUCUUGGUUCAGUGGAAGCAGCGGCACCCUCGCUCCUACAACAUGGUGACCCUCUUCCAGAUGUGGGUAGUGCCUCUGUAUUUCACGAUCAAGCUGUACUGGUGGCGGUUCCUGGUGAUCUGGGUGCUCUUCUCAGCAGUCACAGCUUUUGUCACCUUCAGGGCAACUCGAAAGCCUCUGGUACAGACAACACCCAGGCUGGUUUAUAAAUGGUUUCUACUAAUAUACAAGAUCAGCUAUGCAACUGGGAUCGUGGGGUACAUGGCUGUCAUGUUUACACUCUUUGGUCUUAACUUAUUAUUCAGAAUCAAACCAGAAGAUGCAAUGGACUUUGGCAUCUCCCUCCUCUUCUACGGUCUUUACUACGGGGUGCUGGAGCGGGACUUUGCUGAGAUGUGUGCGGAUUACAUGGCCUCGACCAUUGGGUUCUACAGCGCCUCGGGAAUGCCCACCAAGCACCUCUCCGACAGCGUCUGCGCCGUCUGUGGCCAGCAGAUCUUUGUGGACGUCAACGAGGAGGGGAUCAUCGAGAACACCUACCGCCUCUCCUGCAACCACGUGUUUCAUGAGUUCUGCAUCCGUGGCUGGUGCAUUGUUGGGAAGAAGCAGACGUGUCCAUACUGCAAAGAGAAGGUGGAUCUCAAGAGGAUGUUCAGUAAUCCCUGGGAGAGGCCUCACGUAAUGUAUGGGCAGCUGCUGGACUGGCUGCGCUACCUGGUGGCCUGGCAGCCGGUGAUCAUCGGACUGGUCCAGGGAAUCAACUACAUCCUGGGGCUGGAGUAAGCGCAGGCGGUGGGAGCCGCAGAGCCACGAGAGGACGCGUGCCCAGGGCCAGGGACAGUUGCCACCGGGGAUGCUGGCUUUGCUCCAUCGCCUCUCAGGACCUCGGCCACCCCUGAGGACAGCAGCAUUGGGGCCCCUCCUGCCAGAGCUGAGGGAGGAUUUUUUUAAAAAGCAAUUAUUUUAA